AAGAAGAUCCAAUAUGGCUGCGCCCUUGCGUGAGGUGGUGAAGGAGCAAUACUUCUAACAACAACCCUCGUCAGUGACUCGUUUAAUAACCUUUCAGACAUUCGUGACAGGAAACAGGUUCGUUUUAGUCACAGCGAUGUUUCCGAUGACAGGAAAAACGUGAGAGAGGCGUCCUACAGUUUUUUAUCUGACUUGAAGGUCUCUCAUUAGAUGAAGAGGAAACUGUCAGUAAAGUGUUCAGUCCCAAGUCUACUGUAAAAUCGAUUGUUCAAUAGCAACAAGCUAAUUAACAUCUGUUUAUCUGAGUUUCAAGUUUUAUCUUGUUGUUGUUUAUGUUUUUGGAGACGUGGAUCCCACCAAAUAUGAAAUUUUAUUAAAAUAUAGCUGGUGGAACCUGGACAUGUUUCUGUCGUGUUACAGUCAAGCCUCAGACUGAAGCAGCUCGUAGGAUGGCUCUGAGAAGAGCUGUGACCCUUCUUGUCACAGGAAGUGAGUGUGUCUUCAAUAGGUUGGCACAUCCUGUUCAAAAAUCACCAAACAUCCUCAGACAAACUGUUGGAUUUCAUCACCACCGAUUCAGUGGUGCAAGAACUGUUCACACCGGGGCACCGCUGCUGGGGGCCAGGCUGCUGUCGGUGGAGGAGCUGUUCGCCCGCGGCUCUCUGCAGGAGUACCUGAAGAGGCUGGAGGCAGAGUACAGUGAAUGUCUGACAUUAGUGAACCACAGUGCGAUGGAGGAGCGGUGCAGCGAGGAGGAGCUGAGGGCCAAGAGGAGCAGGGUGUCGCUGCUGGCUCCUCUCGUCCAGAGCAUCAGGGAGCUGGACACCAAACACAAAGAGAUCACAGAGACGGAGGCGCUGCUGAGAGAUGAAGACCCUGAACUUCAAGAGCUGGCGAAGCUGGAAAGAGACGGCUGCUUGCACGAUAUUCAAGACCUUAGACAAAAGAUCCUGGAUCUGUUGAUCCCUGAGGAGGAGGCUGAUCUGAGCGACCUCAUACUGGAGGUCACAGCUGGUGUUGGGGGUCAGGAGGCCAUGCUGUUCACUAAUGAGGUGUUUGACAUGUACCACGGCUUCGCUCAGCAUCACGGCUGGUCCUUUGAUGUCCUGGAGCACAUGACCAGUGAGAUAGGGGGACUACGUCACGCCUCGGCCAGUAUCAGUGGCCCAGAGAGCUACAAGAGAUUGAAGUUCGAAGGUGGAGUCCACCGAGUGCAGAGGAUUCCCAAGACUGAGAAACAGGGUCGAAUGCACACCAGCACCAUGACUGUGGCUGUCCUCCCCCAACCCACAGAGAUCUCUUUCACAAUAAACCCGAAGGACCUGCGGAUAGAUACUAUGAGGGCCAGUGGAGCUGGAGGCCAAAGCGUCAACACCACAGACAGUGCAGUCAGAAUAGUUCAUCUGCCGACAGGCGUGGUCACAGAGUGUCAGCAGGAACGAUCCCAGCUGAAGAACAAGGAGAAAGCCAUGAAGGCCCUGAGAGCAAAGCUGUACAGCAGGAAGCUGGAGGAGGUGACCAGCAAACGCUACAACCAGCGUAAAGUACAGAUUGGCACCAAAGGCCGAUCGGAGAAGAUCCGGACAUACAACUUCGCCCAGGACCGAAUCACAGACCACCGGAUCGGCAUGACCGUGCACGACGUCAAGAGCUUCCUGCUGGGAGAGGAGCUGCUGGAGGAGAUGAACUCUUCACUGCAGGAGUUCUCCAACCAGGAGACGCUCAUGGAACUGCUGGGAGAAAACGACCAGGGGGGUUCAUGAGUUUGUCUCAGAGGAAGAGGGACUUUGUGGAGAGGUUCUUUUUACAUAAAUUUACAAUAUAUGAUAUAUUGUAGGUGAUUGUUGUUGUUGUUGUUGUGCGUCAAAUUCUGCUGUGGAAACCUCAAGGAAAAGGACCAAGUCUCAAAGCUUCUGCCCAUUCAGAUUUAAAAUAUGGU